UAGCUUCCUCAAAACUCCACUAACAAAUUAAAGCCCACCCACCCAGCGGAUUGAAAUGGAGAGCAGUGUGCUAAGAAUGGCUCGAGAGAAGCCGGUGGUGAUUUUCAGCAAGAGCUCUUGCUGCAUGAGCUACAGCAUCAAGUCCCUUUUCUCCGACCUCGACGUUUACCCGGCGGUGUACGAGCUCGACGAGAUCCCGAGGGGGCGUGAGAUCGAGCAGGCGCUGUCCAGGAUGGGGUGCAACCCCACUGUUCCCGCGGUGUUUGUGGGCGGCGAGUUGGUCGGCGGGGAAAAUAAAGUCAUGAGUCUUCACCUCCAAGGCCAUUUAACGCCAAUGCUCAAAAGGGCAGGAGCUCGAUGGGUUUAAUUAAACUUUAAUUUAAUAUAUAACAACAACAACAACAAUAAUAAUAAUAA